GAUCCUGGCUGGAUCCCAAACAGAGCCCACUUGGAUCCAUGGCAGAUCCCAGACAGAUCCCAAACAGAACCCACGUGGAUCCAUAGCAGAUCCCAGACAGAUCCCAAACAGAACCCACAUGGAUCCAUGGCAGAUCCCAAACAGAACCCACGUGGAUCCAUAGCAGAUCCCAGACAGAUCCCAAACAGAACCCACGUGGAUCCAUGGCAGAUCCCAAACAGAACCCACGUGGAUCCAUGGCAGAUCCCAAACAGAACCCACGUGGAUCCAUGGCAGAUCCCAAACAGAACCCACAGGGAUCCCAGGCAGACUUUGGGAUUCAGAGGCUUUUUCCCCCUUUUCCAACAGCUUUUCCUGGAUGACACCAAAGUGAAGAACUUCAUCACCUGCUUCAAAGACGUGGCAUUCCUGAGCUUCUUCUUCAAGCAGCUGGAGCAGAACCGGAGCGGGCGCUACGAGGCGGAAUUCCCGUUCCUAUCCCGCUGCGGCCGGGAGCGGAAUUUCCUCCGCUGUGAGGAUCAGCCCGUUGUCUUCACCCACCUCCUACCGGGAGAUCCCGGGCUCCUCUCCUACUGCGGCGGGGGGGAGCGCUUGGCGGUGCCAUUCCAACCGGGAAAGCUGACGGUGUUGCCGGAAAACGGGCGGCUCUACCAUCCGGCGCCGGCCAAAUCCGGCGGCGUGGGGCUGGUGCGCUCGGCGCUGGCUUGGGAAUGGAGCUCCUGCUUCCAGUACGAGCACGGGAUGGAGCAGCCACCAACGCACUUCCUAUGGGAAAGCCGGAGCUACCGGCUCACCGGGGAGCUGCUCCCGUUGCUCCGUGCGGGAAGCGCCAGGGAACGCGCGGAUGUUCCCGGCUCCACGCGCCAGGGUUGAGCCGCGAUUCCCGGUGUCCCCAUCAGAGC